AUGAAUGAAUGGAAUGAUUUUGGUUUCUGUACAAAUGGUGUUAGAGAGAUUACAGAUCAGCUGUUUUAUGGCAAUGUAAAGACUGCGAUAGAGAUUGAAUCGUCGUGUUCAAUAAAAGAAUACCUUGCCUAUGGCUAUGGUGACUUGACAGUGCUCGUUCAAAUGUACGACACUGUCAAAGAUGUGAUGGGUACCAAUCAAUGGCCCAUCUUGCAUGCAGCUAUCAAAUAUAGGAAUAUGGAGUUUGCAAGACACGUCUAUCAGUAUUUAAUGACAACAACAACAACAAUAUUGAUAGAUAAAUCAACACCAAUUUACAGUACACAUGUAGAUACCGUUGAAAAGUUGGAUAUGAUGAUCAACAUUCAAGCAAGAUCAAAUGGCCAUCAUGGUGAUGGCGACAUGACCUUUUUAAAAACAAUUAUUGGCAAGGCAAUAGAGUCUGCUUGGCAAACCAACAAUCUAGAAUUUGCAAGAAUCAUACUAUUAGAUCGUUGCCAACAUAUCAAAGAAAAAGUAAAAGUAAAAGUAAACUUGGUACAACUACCCAUUGAUUUAGAUAAAAUGUAUUUAAAUCAAGAUACAUCAAUCGAAUUGGUAAGAUUACUUUUUUCGAUUGCAAACAUGUUUGGUGGUAGUUGUUGGAAAGAGAUUGUUAGAAUGGCAAUUAUAAUUGGUCGAUAUGAUAUUGUUGAAUAUCUAUUACCAAAAAUGCCGGUCGUCGACGAUGAUACAGUACUAUAUGUCAUCGAUGAAGCUGCAAAAAAAGGAAAUUUGGAGAUGAUACAAACGAUUCUACGUAUCGUUCCAAACGAGCCAAUCUUGGAUGCUCAUCUUUGUGCAUGUGAAAGUGGUAGUUUGCCAGUAUUCCAAUUUCUCAUGUCUCAAUUCCCAGAUAUAACACCAAGUGAAAUGAUUCUAAAUCAAGCAUUGGAUAGUGGACAUUGGGAAUUGGCAAAGUACAUUUUAGAAAAUGUUCCUAGUGCCCAACCAUAUCCAGUGGAUGAUAUUCACAAGGAUCUGUUAGAGAUUGAAAUAUUGGAUACACUAUUACAAAACGAUGAAAAGGUCGAAUGUACAUUUGCCAAUGUGUAUACGCUGGCAGUAGAGUUGGGUCGUUUUGACAUUGUUUCACACUUGGACGCCAAAUUACAAGACUUUGACAAUAUCUGUUUUGAAUCGGCACUUCAACUUGCAAUCAUGGCACGUGAUUUACAAAUGGUCCAGUCCAUCGUCACCCUUCAUCCACAUCAAAAUGGGUUUGAUUGUCAAUACAUCUUUAUUGAUGGACCGACCGAGUUGCCCGAGGAAAUGGUUCGAGUAUUGGCAUCGAGUGAAAUUAGUUUCAGUUACACUGAUACAAUCGAAGAUGACACGUUGGGCAAAUUGAUAAAGAAUGAAUUCUUUUCAACUAUAACUAUACUCGUUCAAUACAAUCGAAUUGCUUCAGUCUCUAAACAAAUAUUUGCCAAUGCUUGUCUAUCCAAUAAUCUCGAGAUUGUUCAAUUAUUAUAUUCUAUAAAGGGUACUCAAGUUUCUAUCAGAUCAUUGGACAAUGCAAUCAAAACUGCUUGUUUUCCAAUCAUCAACUUUUUAAUGGACCAUGUCAAAAUUGGAUGUUAUAAUGCAGUUAGAUUGGUCUGUCAAACCGGUCAAAUCGAAAUGAUUAAAUGGUUAAUGACAAAUGCAAAUAGAUUAAUUCAAUUGACUCACAACUCUGAUGGUCAACAACAAAUAGAUGUUUCAACACCAAGUCAAUUAGACUUUAUAUUAAGAAAUCAUUCUGACAAAAAUAAUAAUGGAAGAUUAAUGAAGGCAGCAUUUAAAUAUAAUCAAUUGGAAAUGAUUAAAUAUCUAGAUAAACAACACAGAGAAACUAUCAACUGUGACAUUACAAGAUUUAAAUCAUACAAAAAAAUAUCAUUAGCAACCGUUAAAUAUUUAAUUGGUAAUCAAUUAAUUCGAUUUAGUCAAGUGACUGCUAUUGGAUUAAUACAAAGAAUCGUACAAAUCAAUGGUUCAAUUGAUCUUUUACAAUUUGUAAUAUCUCAUUUCAACAAAAUUCAUGGGUCAUCUUUAGAAUUGGAUACUAUCAACCAAUCAAUGAUCAAUACAAUCAAUGAAACAUUAAAAGAAAAUAGAUCUGAUCUUGCAAUCAUACUAUUUGAUUUUUUUGAUCAAAAACAAUCAAUCAAUCAAUCACUUUGGAAUCAAUUUUAUCAAACUUCAAUUCAAACUGGUAAUCUUCCUCUUUUAAUUUAUUUAUCAAAUAAAAUCAAAUCAAAUAAAUAA